AUGCUGAAGAUGCCAGUUUGGCAGAUCUUCUUGCACCUCCUGCCCGUCCAGCUUUGGGCAUUUCACCUGCCACCGUCAGUGCGGCCAAGACGACAACUGGUGCCAGUAAGAUACUCUUCUAUGCCACACGAGACGGAACUACACAUCAGUGCAGAUGGAGUCCCGUCAGAGUGGGCAGACAUCGCGCAGUCUAAGCAUGACCCUCAUCUUUGGGAAGAGGAUGGAGUCGUCCUUGGCAAAGGCGCGUUUGGCAUUGUUGCACGCGGAAUUAACAAGGAAACCGGAGAGCUGGUGGCAAUCAAGCGUAUUGCCCCGACCCACAAGCUGGCUGUGGCCACUGCGAAGAACGAGGUGGAGGCAGCAACACACUUGGGGGAACAUCCGAACGUGGUGCAGAUGAAGGCCUACUUCUUGGCCCCGCUCGAGCAGGGAAAAGGAACUCGCGAAGUGAUUUUAGUUUACCGGCUGGCCCUGGGCGGUGAUCUGCAGCAAUGGAUAAAUCAACAGCAUGGCAAUGCCUUCGACGUGAACUAUGCGCAGCCCAAGCUAACUGAUGAAGCUUUGAGGAUCAUGCGGCAGCUCGUUUCGGGAUUGCAACACAUCCAUGACCGAGGCAUCCAGCACCGGGACUUGAAGCCUGCGAACAUCCUGCUUAGUGCCGGCUGCACGGCCCUCAUCGCGGACUUCGGGAUCGCGCUGGUGAACCGGAGUUCUGCAAGAGAGCAGGGGCAUGCAGCUCUCGGGGAUUUUUACUUCAUCGAUGUGGACUCUCUCGUGACGAAGGAGCUACCCUACACCCGGGAUGAUGAUGUCUACAGCUUGGGAGAAGUCUUCGUCCGCAUACUCUUUGGCCGAUAUGCCACGGGCGGUGACCUGCGGAGGUUUGCCGAGGAGAGCUCGUCAGAACUGCCUCCGGUAGUGCGGAUUUUGGAGCAAAUGCUGACUAGCAGGGACCGGCGAUGUCCCCUGUCCCUAGUGCAAGAGGUCUUGGAUGAGCUGCGCUUCCAACCCAAGCCGUCUGAGCCUCGGCCUAUCGUGUUCAGCAUCUUCCUGGGCAUCGGAGCUGUCAUGACAGCGCGAGUUCUCAUGGAGCACCUCCGGAAGAAGAAGUUCCGCAAGCAAGACAUGUCGGUUUUCUCGAAGAGGUCGAACCUGAAAUCGAGCCUGCAAGCGACGUUCUGUGUCGGCCAGACGCAGGGCCGGCGCCCAUCUCUCCAGGACUACUACUGCCACGCCCGCAUCGCUUGGAAUGUGCACAAAGGGGCUCGAUCCUGGAGGCUCCUGGGGAUGUUCGAUGGGCACGGCGGCAAGGACUGCGCGAAGUUUGCAGCUCAGUCCUUGCCUCACGAGGUCCGGCGCAUGCUGCGAGAGACGGAAGCUGAGGCUGCAGGUUUGGAGGGUCUGCCGCUUUGGAGGCUGGCCUCCCGCGGCUUGCAGAAGGCGCUGGAGAGUCUGGAUAGGUUGUACAUCAAGUUCCGGCAGAAGAAGAACAACAUGGAUUUGUGUGGGACGACGGCCUCCGUGGCUUUGUUGAGUCCUGAUGGAUGCCACGCCGUGGUCUCUAACAUCGGGGACUCUCGAACCGGCCUCGUCGGGGAGUGGGAGAAGCUCGAGCACACGGGCAUCGGCCCGGAGAGCCCCUCGGGGCUCUUCAUGACCCACGCGCACCGGGUCAGCGACCCCGUGGAGAUGGCGAGGAUCGAUGCCGCCGGGGGCUUCGUGGAGUACGGGGGCAGCGGCCACCGAGUCAACGGCGUUCUGGGGGUUUCCCGAGCGAUCGGGUACUGUGGGAUCAAGGACUACGCAGAUCUUGUUCCAGCAUUAUCGGACAACAUGAUCAUGGAGAGGGACGGGACGAAAGCUGGGCUGGUUGGACUGGCCAGCGACGGCCUUUUCCGUACGUGCUCCGAGGAAGAGGCUGAAACGGUGUUUCGGCGCCUGGCGCACGCUGACUGUUACGAAUCACUUGAACAGCUUGUUUCAGAAGAGCUGGACAUAGCCGGCGGCGGAGAAGCUGCAAACAACAAGGACAAUGCGAGCAUUCUUGCUUGCCUGCUCCCGCCGCUCUGA